CGGUAGCUGCAGCGGCGGCCCCAGCCAUGCUGUGCUAUGUGACGCGGCCGGACGCGGUGCUGAUGGAGGUGGAGGUGGAAGCGAAAGCCAACGGCGAGGACUGCCUCAACCAGGUAUGCAGGAGAUUGGGAAUUAUAGAAGUUGAUUAUUUUGGACUGCAGUUUACGGGUAGCAAAGGUGAAAGUUUAUGGCUAAAUCUGAGAAACCGGAUCUCCCAGCAGAUGGAUGGGCUAGCCCCUUACCGGCUUAAACUGAGAGUCAAGUUCUUCGUGGAGCCUCAUCUCAUUUUACAGGAGCAGACUAGGCAUAUCUUUUUCUUGCAUAUCAAGGAGGCCCUCUUGGCCGGCCACCUCCAGUGCUCCCCAGAGCAGGCCAUGGAGCUCAGCGCCCUCCUGGCCCAGACCAAGUUUGGAGACUACAACCAGAACACCGCCAAGUACAGCUACGAGGAGCUGUGUGCAAAGGAGCUCUCCAAUGCAGCCUUGAACAGCAUUAUCACAAAACAUAAGGAGCUGGAGGGGACCAGCCAGGCCUCGGCUGAAUACCAAGUCCUGCAGAUCGUCUCGGCCAUGGAAAACUACGGCAUAGAAUGGCACUCUGUGAGGGACAGCGAAGGGCAGAAGCUCCUCAUUGGGGUUGGACCUGAAGGAAUCUCAAUUUGUAAAGAUGACUUUAGCCCAAUUAAUAGGAUAGCGUACCCCGUAGUGCAGAUGGCUACCCAGUCCGGGAAGAAUGUGUACUUGACCGUGACCAAGGAGUCUGGGAACAGCAUCGUGCUCCUGUUUAAGAUGAUCAGCACCAGGGCCGCCAGCGGCCUCUACCGAGCAAUCACGGAGACGCAUGCUUUCUACAGGUGUGACACGGUGACCAGUGCCGUCAUGAUGCAGUAUAGUCGAGACUUGAAGGGCCACUUGGCAUCUCUGUUUCUGAAUGAGAACAUUAACCUGGGCAAGAAGUAUGUCUUCGAUAUUAAGAGAACGUCGAAGGAGGUGUAUGACCACGCCAGGAGGGCUCUGUACAAUGCCGGCGUGGUGGACCUGGUCUCCAGGAGCGAGCACAGCCCCCCACGCUCUCCCCUGAAGUCCUCGGAGAGCAGCAUGAACUGCAGCAGCUGCGAGGGCCUCAGCUGUCAGCAGACCCGGGUGCUGCAGGAGAAGCUGCGCAAGCUGAAGGAGGCCAUGCUGUGCAUGCUGUGCUGCGAGGAGGAGAUCAACUCGGCCUUCUGCCCCUGCGGCCACACCGUGUGCUGUGAGAGCUGCGCCGCCCAGCUCCAGUCGUGUCCUGUGUGCAGGUCUCGGGUGGAACACGUCCAGCACGUCUAUCUCCCCACCCACACCAGUCUUCUCAACCUAGCGGUCAUCUGAUCUGCGUGCACCUACCCGACAGGCCGCUUCCAUGAACUGCACUAUCGUAAACUGAGAGUGGGAGAUUGUGGAGAAAAUAAAUCCUCCGGCACCCAUCUGCCAUGCCACGUUA